AUUGUUGUGAAGAGAAUCCAUAUAAGUUUUCUGGGAAGAAGAGAAAUGAUGAGUACUAAUGUGGAAAUAUACAGUGAAUUGCGGGAAUUUUUCCUGGAUUACUAUAGUUGUAUUUGGUUAACGUAUCGGACGUGUUUACCAUCUCUGCCUGGUACGACAGAAACAACCGAUUGUGGUUGGGGAUGUAUGCUCAGAUCUUGUCAGAUGAUGGUUGCUGAAACUCUUAUUCUACUUAAUCUAGGAAGAGGCGAGUGGCUAAAAUCGGAAGUCACGUCAGAUGAAGAAUAUAAGAACAUAUUGGCAUUAUUUGCGGACGAUGUUGAUGCCCCGCUUGGCUUACAUAAGCUUCUUCAAAUUGCGUACAAAAAGUACCAAGAACCCGUUGGCAUUUGGUAUUCUCCAUGCAAAGCCCUGUCACUUUUCCGUCGUACUUGUAAAGGGCUGAAAUUGUUUUGGGUCAACGAUGGAAUUUUAGUGAAAGAGGAGAUUCGCAAUGUCUCAUGCAAUUUUAAGGCUCCCUUACUACUAGUUAUUUGCGUCCGUUUGGGUACUACAAAAAUUAACAUGGUUGGUUUUUUUUUACAAAUUUAG